CCGGCGUCGGACUCGGUGGGGGAGGACGAGGAUAUUAUGUCUGUUCUGUCUUCUCCGUAUCCUGCUUCGUCUCCAGCCGGAGAGGACGAUGCUUCAAGGGCCAUCGACCCGCGUUCUGGGUUUGUCACUGCUACUGUUGUGGCUACGCCCGUAUCCGUACCCGCGCCAGCGUCACAGUGUUCCCCAGCACCAGCGUUAGCGACGCCUGCCAAAUCGACGUCGUCCGAGGAAGACGUGUCGACGGUGACUUUCCCCUCUUCGGUCAAGGUCGCGUGUGAGGACGAGGACGUCGAUGUCGCCUAUACCGCUGUCCCGCGCGUUGAGCCUGCUCUUGUGCCCCGGGUGCCUGUGUCUGCCUCCGCCUCCACCCCUGCUUCCGCCCGAACACCGGCAUCGCCGGCCGCAUCGAGUGAGGAAGACGUGUCCACGGUGGCCUUCCCCUCUGCAGACGACAUGGAGACCGAGGACGACGAUGUCGAUGCGACGGUUGUCCCGCGCUCUGCGAUUGUGUCCCCGCCGCCCGCGUCCGCUCGAACAUCAACACCGGCGCUGCCCGCCAGAUUGUCCGGGGAAGAUAUGGCUUCAGCAUUGGUUUUCUCGUCUGCAGCAGCAGCCGAUAGCGGAGCCGUGGACGAUGAUGUCGAUCCGUCUGCCUCGCGCUCGGCGCUUACGUCUCCGGCGCCUGUGCCCGCGUCCGAGUCUGCUCGAACGCUGGCGUUGCCUGCCACCAUGGCUGAGGGGAAUGUGGCUGCGGUGGCGUUUCCUUCUGCCGACGACAUGGCGAACGAGGACGGAGAUGUCGACGCGUCUGUCGUACGUUCUGCGCUUGCGUCUCCGGCGUCUGCGUCGGUAUCCGCGUCUGCUCGAUCGCCGGCACUACCUGCCACCAUGGCUAAGGAAGAUACGGCUGCGGCGGCUUUCCUGUCUGCAGACGACGUCGCAGCUGGGGGUGGCGGCGUUCAGUUUGCUGCUGGGCGCUCCGUGGCCGAGCCUUCCGCGCCUUCUCGAGCUCCCGCGCAUGGCAUUCCGAAGGAAGAGCAAGGCGCGUCUAACCCGCCUGCGGCCGACGUCAAGAGCGGGGACGCCGACGCUCGGAUUGCUGUUCCGCGCCCGUCGCUCGCGCCAUCGGUGUCUGUAUAUAUACCAGCUCAAGGCGACGUUGAGAGUGGGAACGGCGGUGUUCGGGCGGUCGAGCCGCGUUCUAUGCUCGUAGCUGAACCCGUGUCUCCGUUCGCCUCGCCUCGAGCGCCCGCAGAGCCUGCCAGCCCCGCGAAGGAGGACAUAGUUGACGCGUCCAUCUCGAUACGUGGUCCUGCGGAGAACGACGUUCGGGCGGCUGUUCGGCGGUCGGUGACUACGCCUUCGAGUUUGCCUCCUUUGCCAGUCUUUGACGAAGAAGACGAGGUCGAGGCGCUUUCGUCUAUGUAUCUCACGGACGACGUCGCCUCAGAAGGUGGCGACAGCGAGGAGGCGCAGUGGGAAGCGAGCUCUACCCUUGAGCUGUCUCCGACACCGCAGCGCACUGCAAUCCCGCGACUAUCACCGGCGUUUUCGCGAAGUCGGUCAGUGUCAGAGGAGACGGCGGACAGGACUGUGACUGUCUUCGACGCUGGCGAGUCUAUCUCGGACGUGUCCCUUUCGAGCUACGUUGCUGCUAGCGCUGCAGAGCAGUUGGCGGACGACUACGAACUGUCGCCGUCUCCAGUCGCUUACUUGUCCACUUUCUUGGGCGAGGCCGAGUCUGUGUCUCCCGUGGCUCCUCACGCCAUUAUCGACGAUAUCGAGCAGACAGCUUACGACUACGAACGGUCUCCGUCUCCCGUUGCUUACCUGGCCAAUUUCUUGAGCGAAGCCGAGUCUGCGUCUGCAUCUUCCACGGGAUCCUACGCGAUCGUCGAUGAUGUCGAGCAGGUAGCGGGUGAGUACGAGCUGUCUCCGUCGCCGGUUGCCUACUUGGCCACUUUCAUGGAUGAAGACGAGAUUGCGUCUGCCACGUCUCUCGACGACGUCCCGGGUGGUGGUGAGCAGACAGUCGACGGUCGUGUGCUGUCUCCAUCUCUGGUUGCUUAUGUGGUCACUCCGCUAGAUGAAGUCGGGAUUCUGCCUUACGCGUCUCCAGCUGUUGCAUCGGUCAAUAUCGUGCAAGAGAUUGCCAGUCGCCAGUUGUCUCUAACCCCUGUCACUUCUUCGGGCGCUUCGUUGGACGCGGUGGAGGCUUUGGGUUAUGGGUCUACAGUCACUGCGGCCAUUGGCACUGUGCAAUCCGCCAGGCGCGUGCUCCCUCCGUCCCCGAGUGUUUCUACGAUCACACCCCUAGGUGAAGUCGGGACUCUGCCCUAUGCGUCCCCGGCCGCCGCAUCAGUCCAUACCGUGAGGGCUGCCGAUCGCGAAUUGCCUUCAAGCCCUGUCACACCUUCGGUCGUUCCACUGGAUGUAGCGGAUGCUGUGGCUGACGUGUCCCUAGCCAACGCGGCGAUCAGCAUAGUCCAGUCCGCCAGCUGCACAGGCCCUCCGUCCCCGGUUGCUUCUGUGGUCACUCCUUUGAGCGAAAUCGAGGCGCUGCCUCGCGCGUCCCCAGUUGCCGCUCUAACCGAUAGCGUACGAACACCCACCAGUCGUCAGCUACCUCUUUCCCCCGCGACUUCGGUAGUUACACCAACAGGCAUAGCUGGCAUCCUACCCGCAACCCCAGUCGCUGUUCCGGUCAAUGCCGUACCAAUAGCUGCCAAUCGUGGAUUGUCUCCAGCCCCUAUUGGUCCAUCAACUUCACCGAACGAUGUCGAAGGUCUAUCAUACGGGUCUCCAACUAACGCGCCAGGCACUACUCAACAAGGACAAGGCUUUGAGUCGUCAUCUUUCUUCGCAUCCGCCGUCACUCCACCAUCCUUGGGCGAAGCAGAUACAUCUCCCCGCAGGUCUCCAGUCUUCACUUGCCCCAAUGACCAGCGAAGAGAACCCAAUGUCGAACUAUCACCCGCACCUGUAUCUCCCACCAUCCCACCUUCAUCAGCCACGCCAAUUGGCGACACCGAGGAUUUACCUUAUGCGUCUAUAGCGAUUGCCGCAGGGAUUUCUGCAGACGUCAAUCAGGAGACAGAAAACACCAUCGAGCUGCCGCCCGCACAAUUGGCUGAAUCCAGUGUCGUCACACCAACUGCCUCAGCAUUUGCACGACAUCGCGCGGCCUCAGACCUUACUGUUAUCGGACGCCCUACUCCUCGCUCCGCGGAUUCGCACGCUUCGUCCAUGUGGGCAGCUGAGUUGGACGACGACUUCGAGGAGACGGAGGCGGAAUAUGGCGCCUUGCAGUCACUGUAUGCCCGCCUGAUGGACACCAAUUCCAUGCGCUCACAGAACGAGUCGUCUGAUGUUGCAUCCUCGUCUACGGCACAGGUUGAGCCUGAUACGCCUGUGGUCCGCGGGCGGAGUGUGGUGGGCAGCUCUUCGAGCGUACACCCCACGCCGAUGGCCAGUCGUCGCGUGUCGACGGCGAGCUCACUAGAGGCGCCAUCGUCGACAAAGGUGCCUUUGGGCUUCCGGCGUCAGCGUGAUCCCUCGUCUUCUGUAUCGUCAUCUCGAUACCCGUCCCCGGCUCCUUCUCCCCAGCCUUCCGAACCACCACUUUCUGCUUCGUCUUCAUCUUUGUCUCUCCGAAUACAUACCGACAUGGAAUCAGUAAUAGAACAUAGCCCCGAUCCCUCCAACUCCAGUGCAUCCGACAUAGCAUCUACACCUUCAUCAGCAAGUUCACGACAUAGCAAGUUAAUACCACUCAGACUAACAAUGCUUUCACGGCAAUCGUCACGUUCAUCUGCAUCAUAUACUUCACCUCCCAUAGAUACCUUAUCUGGACAUACUCGUAACUCAAUUAUAUCGCAACGCUCUAGUGUAUCCUCAUCUCAAUCGCUUUUGCAAAAUCAUCUGCUUUCGUCUGCACGUUCGUCCCAGAUACCCCUGCACAAUAACACACGGCCACGAGCCUACGCCUCUCGUUCUCCAUCGUCCGCCGCAUCCAGCUCUUCCCACGCUCCUUCAUCUGCAAAUUCCCCUUCUAGUGUUAGUGCACAUAGUACACGAUCGAACGCUGCAC